GCAAACGCCUGACUGUCGUACAAGCCCAAGCACCGGUGAAGAUGGAAGGCAAGGCAGCUGCGUUCAGCCCCAACUACUUUAAAUACCUGCUCAGAUGCUAGCCAUGUUAGAUUCACUUCCUCAGUUUCCAAACCUAUUUCCGUCAAUAUGACUACCUUCACGCCACCGUUUGACUUCACAUCUUCAUUGCAAGAGUAUGCGAUAUCCGAGAAAGAUCACCUCGACCAACACGGUGAUGUCCACAUAAUAUGUACAGGCGCAGUCGUUUUCAACAAGGAAGGAAAUCCCGGGAGGAAAGAUGGAUGAUACAGACGAGACAAUACUGCAUGCCGCCGCCCGCGAGCUGAAGGAAGAGACGGGUCUUACGGCAACUCGGGCGGUCAGAAAGGUGGCGCAGUUUACAUUCUCUGACGGCCGGAGGAAUCGUCCAACUAAAACGUGGCUGAAGCUGAUCUUCCAAUUCGAGGUGGACAACCUUGAUGCCAUUGUUCUGGAUCCAAUCGAGCACCAGCACUUUGCAUGGGCAUCUGAGGAUGAGGUGGUCAAUGAUCUGGUCGCCGAAGGGAGUGUAUUUCUCAAGUACAUCUCACAGGAGAACAAAGAUGUCAAGCUCGAAGCGUUCAAGCUGCAAAGAGCGGCAGCAGUGUCGGCCUAGAGUAACCCAGAAGCGAAAGUGAUGUAGACAGGCGUUGCCAAUACAGGCUUCUCAUGCAUGUGGAGUGACUGCAAUCAUACAUUUAGCUUACAUUGACAACCCCGUCCAACUGAGGCACACCCCUG